UGUGCAGUCGGAGCAAAUGUGAGAGCCGCGUAUGUGUUAGGAUGCCAAGGUUUUGUGAUGAGUUUUUAUGGUAAUCAUACAAGGUGCGGGUGUGAGGUAAGCGCCACUUCUCCCCGCGGCUGGUGUCAGUGUGUCACUCCGCGCACUCGCAUGCGGCUCCGCAUCGCUUCCUCUCGUUCGCAAUCGGCUAAAUGAUCAACAAAAAGAAAAAUGAUGCGAGCGCUCUCCAAAAAGGUCAAAACAACGAUGUCCGACGUGAAGACUAAGACAAUCGACAAAGGUUACGAUGACUUAAGAGGAGAAGAUGACCUGAAGAAGGAAGGCUCACGUACACCAUUAUCGGGGGAAAGGGGAGAGGAGGAGGCCUGCGGAAGAGGGAGAGGGAUAGGAACCUUUUGGCGGCGUCUGUGUUGCUGCUGGGACGCUUACCCGCAGCACCCGCUCCUUCCUGCCUCCGUUGUCACCCACAGGAAGAUUUCAAGAGUGGUAUCAACGGAGUCCCUGAAGGAAAACACGGAGAUGGACACGAACCAGACCAUCAAUAUGCCCCUUGACCUACCGCUGGACCAGAUGACGCCCCAGGAGAAGCUGCAUCACGUUCGUGCCUUAAAUCGUCUCUACUCCAGCUCCCUCUCCGCCAGCUCCACACAGUCCAUCCCUCUCGAUCUCCUCCAGCCGUCCGCCGCCAAGUACAGCCAGAAGAGUAACGGUUGGAAAUAUGGGCACGGCAGGAAGGGGAGCGAGAGUACCAUUCGAAGUGGUCAGCGAAGCCCAGGCAGCAUCUCUAGUCCUGGGAGUGCUCGCCGCUUCCCCUCCACGCCCUCAGCGAGUCCGCGCCCCGCUCGACCCACACAACUCUCCCUCGCCUCCUCCUCCACCAGCAGCAAGAGCAGCUCCACGCCCACGCCCACAGCAGGGUCCAACGCUAGCACACCCUCGACGCCGCGGAGUCGGUCUGGCAGCUGGGGCAUGGUGAAGGCGGGGUUCUCCAGUCUGAUGCGAGCUGUGACACCUACGUCCCGCCCGGAGUCCAGUCUGUUUGCCCCUGAUGAGAACGACGAGAGCGACGCGUCAGACGAGGAACCCGAAGCAGUGAGACCAGCGACGGGCGGCCUGGACAACCCGACCCGGGAGUGUUACGGUGCCGUCAAGCUGGCUGUGCUUGGCUGGCAGGGACGCUGGGUUCGGAUCGGCAUAUGUGGGCUGGAGGGACUGCCAUGGGUGGGCGGAUCGGGCGGCAUUAUGCUGGAGGUGUGCGUGGACCCCGGGGGACGGUCGCGGUGGCUGGCGCUGCCUCACGCCCACGGUCCCUCCAUCAACGUCAAGUUGGAGGCGGUGGUGAAGGGCCCGAGGGAGGCGAAGGCGAGGAAGAAGGGCGUGGUGCGGGUGGCGGUGUGGGUGUGCGGAAGGAUUUGGAAGCACUGCGCCAUUGGGACUGCCCUUACGCCUCUCGUGGAGUCCUCAGGUCCCAUCAUGGCGCCACUACAUAAUCACUCACAGUUAAUAGAGGAGUUAGGACUAGUGGAAGUCAGUUUACGCUGCGAUUACCGUGACCCUGUGGUGGAGGAGGGUGCAGAGGCGGGGCAGGCAGGGCAGGGAGAGGCAACGCUCAUUCUGGAAGUCCUUAGAGCCAAGAAUCUCCGACCAUACCGCCCUGGCACUCUAGCUCGGAAGGCGGGGUCCUCUAGAAUGAAAGAUCACGUGGAGGUAGUGUGUCGCUCUGGUUUGUGGGUGAAGGGACAUCGCGUAGAGAGAAUCACCUCGCCCUCUGUCAAGCUUCCAGUCACGCAGGAUCCCGUCAUCCGCACUCGCUCCGUCUUCACGCUGCCCCGGAACAACCUGCAACACGCUGCCGUCAUUCUCAAGGUGAUAUACACGAACAAAUGGGCCGGAGAGGACGUGGUUGGCCGUGUGCAGCUUGGGCCACUCCUGUACCUCGGUAGCUUCUCAGAGCACCAACCCGCCAUUCCCAGGCCCUCCUAUAACACUGCUAUAACCCUCUCACACUGGGGCCUGGCACUCAAGACUCCAGGUCCCACCACCUUCUGGCACCACCUGCAGAUGUAGGGUGUGGCGGGUGGUGUCCUUCGUGUCUCUUUUGGCACAGGUAAGAAAAGACACCGAGGCUAAGGGAAGCAGUGAAGUGUAGAGUAGUGUAGUGUAGAGGGAAAAUGAAUAUUACAGUUGAUAUUUCUAAAGUUGUAUAUACAUGCACGUGUAUUCAUAUUUCUUAUGUAAAAAAAUAGUAAUAAAAUCUAUAUUGUGUAUGAA